AUGGAGUCAUCGUCGGUUAUUUUUUUACCAAAGUUGUCUUCUUCAAGGGUUCUAUUAUAUUUAAUUUUAAUAUUUACAUUCAUAAAUUACAAUGAUGCUUCUCCUGCUGAUACAUCAGCUGGCGUUAGUGAAAGUGUUGAAUUUGAUUAUGUCCAACGGGAGAAUAGCAUGGUCGCAAUUUACAUCAUGUACAGUAUAAGUCUACUUACUCUACAAUUCGGAAGUUUUUGUGCCCUUUAUGUCAUAAUCCGUACCAUAAUAAGAUGGAUGCGAGUAGAUUCGUCAUUAAACAUGGCACAGAAAUUGCCGUUUUAUGUGGCAUUAUCAGUAAACAAACAGCUUUGGCAUGGUCAUUCCUGUGAGAUUCUCGCUGCUAGCUUUUAUUACUUUGCCAUUAGCAACAUGCUUCUUGUGGGCUCUUUAUCCGUUCUUAGUUAUUUCAGAGUAUGUAAGACAAUAUAUUACGAAUUAGGGUUGUUUGAUUAUAAAUUAUUUUUAUUACCAAUAGUUUUACCUGUUGUGAUGACCAUACCGGCUUGGAAGCAUUUUGGAGCUAACGGAUAUUGGUGUUAUGCAAAUCGAGCUUCAUCGUUCAUUCCUUUAUCUUUAUUUUAUGUCGCUAUUGUUAUCCUGUCAACUUCUUUAUUCUGUUAUAUUGGUAUAUCAUAUACGAUUAAUGUAGCAAGAAGAAACGCCGACUCCGAAUUAUUUUUACACGCAUACAAAAAAAUAGUUGGCUAUUUAUUCAUUUAUAUUAUACAAUGGACACCAGUCAUGAUAUACGUCCUUGUCGAUAAUUAUCAACAUAGACCAAUGUGGGAAUAUGUAAUAUGUUUCAUCUCUUUACCAUUGGGCGGAAUGCUCAACGCCUAUAGAUAUAUAUCUAACGAGGGCUGGAGGACAAAAAAAGAUGUGACGGUCUCUAGUACUUCUAAUACCGUUCAAGUUCAAAUAGGUCCAACUACCACUUCAAAUUCCGUAAAAAGUUCUCCUUUGAUCAAUCGAUUUGAUCCAAUUCAAGUUAGCGUAUCUACAAAUUAA